AUAUACACACACGCGCAUUGACCGUAUAUACAAUGGCAAGUUUGUAUGUGUGUAUCGGUGUAUAAAUACGUCUAAUCUUGGCAUGGGAGUUAGCUUCAGAUGGUCAAAAACAACUUUUUUCCCCACAGUGACUCCUUAAAAUAGAACAUAGAGAGAGCUAAAGCAACGUUUGGCAGCUUGCGUGCAUGCAUGCAUGUGUUGCCAUUUUGAAGCAAAAUAUUGCACCGAUUUUCUCCUACCGACCAUUCACGUCCCCACAAAACGAAAUUUAGAAAACCCAAAAUCUGAAAAGGUUAAAAAAGAACCUGCAAAAAACUAAAUUAACCAAGGAGGGGGAAGAAAGAAGAAAGGAGACGACGUCCGCACGAGGAAGAAGGGGAAAUUAAGCCACCGUGGUCGUUAAUGGGGGAGCCGCCAAAGCCACGAGUGAGCAGCGCCUCCUCCUCCACCGGCUCCUUCUCUCCGUCUCCGUCGCCUCCUCUGCCGCCGGCGACACAUCCGGUUACCCUCGUCCAUCCUUCCCAGAAGAAGAAGAAGAACAAAACCAAAGUGUUGAGAGUAUUCCGAUCGGUAUUCCGCUCCUUCCCAAUCAUAACACCGGUUUGCAAGAUCCCGGUCCUUCCCGGAGGCGGCCUUCCCGACCCGCACCGCGGAUCACGAGUCACCGGAACCCUCUUCGGCUACCGAAAAGGCCGAGUCAGCCUCUCCAUCCAAGAAUCCCCUCGUUGUUUACCCUCUCUUGUAGUCGAGCUGGCCAUACAAACCAUGGCUCUUCAGAAGGAGCUGAGCGCCGGAAUGGUGAGGAUAGCGCUCGAGACCGAGAAGCGACCGGACAAAGAGAAGACUCGGAUAAUGGACGAGCCCUUGUGGACAAUGUACUGUAACGGGAAGAAGGCUGGUUACGGCGUGAAGCGGGACGCGACGGAUGAGGAUCUGAACGUGAUGGAGCUGCUGAGGGCUGUGUCGAUGGGCGCCGGAGUCUUGCCGGGAAACUCCGAGGUGGACGGUCCGGACAGCGAGAUGGCUUACAUGAGGGCUUAUUUUGAACGUGUAGUUGGCUCCAAAGAUUCAGAAACCUUUUACAUGUUGAGCCCUGAAGGGAAUAAUGGCCCUGAACUUAGUAUUUUCUUCGUCAGGGUUUGACUGUAUGUUGUGUAUUUACGUGUGAGACAUGCAUGCAUGCAUGCAUACGAUGAUGGUUGAUGUACGAGUAAUCGAUUCAUGAUAAUCAAUUUAGGUUAAGAGUAAUCGAUUCCCCGAUCUGAUUUUAGCCUGGUUUGUUUAUUUAUUGUACUGCGUGUAAAUUUUAUGUUGUUUUAGAUGUGAAUCGUGAAUAUUUAUAAUCCA